AUGAGUCGAGUGGCAACGAUGCACGGUUUUACGGACAUAUGCACCAAAAAGAAAGAAGCAAAGAGCAAAUCGGUCGAAAUGGGCGUUAUGUCUCUAUUCUUCUGUUUUGUCUUACCAUGCUUCCUUUUCUUUUUCUUCUUCAUCACUGUAAAAACGAGAAGCAACUCCCGGAGCAGCGGUCGAGCCACGCUUCCGCCGGGUCCUCAAAAGCUGCCAGUAGUUGGAAACAUAUUCCAAGUCGGAUACAGUCCUCACCGUUCGCUCGCCGCUCUCGCCAAGACUUAUGGACCAAUAAUGGGUCUAAAGCUUGGAAGCUUAACUACCAUUGUCAUAUCUUCACCGGAAGCAGCAAAAGAGGCACUAAAGACACACGACCAUCUUAUAUCCGCCCGAACCUUUACCGAUCCGGUUCGAGUCUUUGACCACCAUGAAUUUUCUUUUGCAUGGGGUCCUCCCUCAGCUCGUUGGAGGUUUAUGAGGAAGAUAACAACAACGCAUUUGUUAUCAACGCAACGCCUAAACGCCAUGGAGUCUCUAAGGAUGAAGAAAGUGGAGGAACUUAUGAGUUUCAUCAACAAAUGUUGUGAGAAAGGAGAAGGUGUUGACAUAGCUCGUGCAUUCUUUGUCACAGCUCUCAAUAUCAUCUCAAAUGCUUUGUUUUCUACGGAUUUCGCGACCCAUGAUUCCAAGUCAUCUCACGAGUUCCACAACACGGUGAUGAACUUGAUGAACGUCACGGGAAAACCCAACGUCGGAGACUAUUUCCCGUUUCUUAGGUGUCUUGAUCUACAAGGUAUCCGUAAAGAAGCAACGAUUUGCACGGAGAGAUUAUUUAAGGUUUUCCAAGAUAUAAUCGAUGCUCGGAUGGCCAUGAGAUCAUCUCAGACAGAGCGUAAAGAGAUUUCAAGCUUCGAUAUGCUAGAUGCUCUUCUGGAUCUUACACAGGAAAACGAAGAACAACUCAGUUUGAAUGAUAUCAAACACUUUCUUCAAGAUUUGUUUACCGCGGGAACAGACACAAAUUCUACAACAAUGGAGUGGGCAAUGUCAGAGUUAAUCCGUGACCCCGAGAUGAUGGUCAAAGCUCAGAGUGAGAUACGGCAAGUGAUAGGUGAAAACGGCGUCGUUAGAGAAUCUGAUAUCUCGAGGCUCCCUUACUUGCAAGCAAUUGUGAAAGAGACUCUUCGUUUGCAUCCUCCAGUUCCCUUGAUCCCUCGAAAAUCAGAAUCUGAUGUCCAAAUCUUCGGGUUUCUCGUUCCUCAAAACGCCCCGGUGUUGGUGAACGUCUGGGCGAUAGGACGAGACUCGAGGGUGUGGGAGAAUCCUAUGAGCUUCGAACCAGAAAGGUUCUUGAUAAGUGAAAUCGAUGUGAAAGGGAAAGAUUUCGAGCUGGUCCCGUUUGGAUCAGGACGAAGAAUGUGCCCGGGAAUGUCAAUGGCUCUUAAAACAAUGUCUUUGGUGCUUGCAUCUCUUCUCUACUCCUUUGACUGGAAGUUUCAAAACAUGGACAUGAGCGAUGCCUAUGGUGUUACCUUGCGGAAGGCCAAACCUCUACGUGCCAUGCCCAUCAAGAAAUCUGUGCGGUCGUCUUAUUAAGUUUUUUUUUUUAAUCUCGUUAAGUAUAUCACUUUGUUCCGUUAUACUCGUCCCAAUAAUAGUAUGUUGAAUAUGUCUUGCUAAAAGUUUGGUGCUAGUAUUGUAAAUUUUGUUAAAAUCAAGCUAUUAUAAUGGAAAUACACAUUUAUAGAAUGCUAUAAUUCCAU